AUGUUUGGUGACGUAGAGGCUCGAACACAGUACCUUGGGAAAGAACAAAAGGAUAUGAAAGAAACUCCUCGAAUAUUUGCUAAAAAUGAUUGUGAUCGUCAAUAUCGAAAAUAUGAUCAUUUAUUGAAUUACAUUGCUUCUGGACGUCAUCAACGAAAACGAGAUAGAAUGUCAUUAAUUAGUCGAAGUAAACUAUUCCAGUAUGUGGUAGACAAAAUUCCAGAAUAUGGUAGACGCCUAUUUUUAGCCGGCGGAUCUUAA